UCAGUUACAAACAAACGAUCGAACGGUUAAGUCGAAAUUUUGAUACUUUCUUUAUUUUUGAAAAAGAUAAUCAACGGAAAAACUAAAAUCUGGUAAAAAAAAAAAAAAAAAAAAAUAUUAAUAAUAAAUCCAAAACAUGGCGGACGAUGACGAUGCGCAGUUCGAUACCGUGGAUUCUGGAGCCUCGAAGACUUUUCCGAUGCAGUGUUCGGCCUUACGUAAGAAUGGUUUUGUCAUGCUGAAGGGACGUCCCUGCAAGAUUGUGGACAUGUCCACCUCGAAGACGGGCAAACAUGGGCAUGCGAAGGUGCAUUUGGUGGGGGUGGAUAUUUUUACCCAGAAGAAGUACGAGGACAUCUGUCCCUCGACCCACAACAUGGAUGUGCCGCACGUGAAGCGCGAGGAUUACCAGCUGACCGAUAUCAGUGAUGAUGGCUUCGUCACCCUGAUGGGGGACAAUGGCGAGAUACGCGAGGAUCUCAAGGUUCCGGACGGGGAGCUGGGUGGAGCUUUGCGCUCUGAUUUUGACGAUGGCAAGGAUCUCCUCCUGACUGUGCUGGCGGCCUGUGGGGAGGAGUGCGUCAUUGCAAUGAAGAACAACUCGGGACUGGACAAGGGAGGGGUUUGAAGCAGCAGGACCUUAAUAUCGAUGAUGAUGGAUACAUUUUUAAUAAAACUCUGGUUGCGAAA